AUGCCAUAUUUCAAAUCGUUCCCACUUCCUCGAUCCCCAUACUUUUGCGAUUUUCCCGACGCUGAGCCUAUCUGGCAUUAUGAAGACGGUGGUUUUCAUCCCAUUGCCUUAGGAGACAAAUUGAAAGAUGGGAGAUACAAAGUGCUGCAUAAAAUGGGAUGGGGAGGCCACUCUACGGGUUGGACUGCAAGAGAUCAACGAAAUGGGAUAAAUGUUGCCGUCAAGGUCUGUGGUUCAACCAGGGGAAUCAAUGUGGUCAAUAGAGAAAUGCCAAUGAUGAAGCAACUUGCGGGCAUUUAUCCCGGCCCCUCGAACUUGAUGUGCAUGUUCGAUGCAUUCGACAUAGAAGGCCCAAAUGGGCGUCAUGAAUGCCUGGUGUUGGAGCUUUUAGGGCCAAGUGUCGUAGACACGGCUGAAAGGCUCUCCGGAAAGGUCGCUAAGUCAAUUGCAAAGCAAGCUUUGUCUGGGCUUGACGCUCUGCACCGGCAGGGGAUUGGGCAUGGAGACCUCUACAUGUACAACUUAGUCUUCACUCUCCCUGACGUGGACCGUUUGUCCGAGAGGAGACUACUCGACGUACUAGGUGAACCAAAAAUCAGCAAAGUCAGAAGAGAUGACGGGGGAUCACUGGAACCUGGAAUACCGGAGUACAUUGUGGAGCCAGUUUCUUUUCGAAAACACGCUUCAUUAUUGUCGCAACCCAUUAAGAUCGUUGACUUCGGACAAUCGUUCUUGCCUAAUGCACCUCCUCAGACGCUUCAUAUACCCAUAGUUUAUCGGGCACCUGAAAUUGUAUUCAAGGAUCGUUUGGACUAUCGCGUGGACUUACGGAGCAGGGUGUGUACGCUAUCCGAGCUAUUUACUGGUUACCCACCUUUUGAAAGUGUUAUGAUGACACCAGAAGAUCUCGUUGAUGAAAUGUUAGAAACGACAACCGAUGCACUACCUGAUAGAUGGAAGGAGGCCAGGAAUGCAAUACAAAAUGGCCGUACUGAAGCAUAUAGCGGGUACUCUUUGCAAGGCUGGUUGGAAGAGAUUUACUUCGAUUACAGGCUGAAGCAGGACUUGACAAGGGAAGAUAGUCACAUUGGGAGAGAUUGUCGGCAGAAUGCUACGGUUUGA